AUGCAGGAUGUAGAACUAGUUUCAGACAUUAUGCUAAGUCUGAAGGAUAUGUUUGGUGAGCAAGGCCGUUCUGCAAGACAAGAAACCAUGAGGCAAAUUUAUAAUACCAAAAUGACUGAUGGAAAUUUAGUUAGGGAGCAUUGUCUUAUAAUGAUCUCUAAUCUGAAUACAUUGGAAGUUUUAGGUGCUGAUAUUGAUGGAGAAUCCCAAGUGGAUAUGAUACUCCAGUCACUAUUGGAAUCAUUCAAGGAAUUCAAACUCAAUUAUAAUAUGAACAAAAAGAUUUAUUCUUUUUUUGAAUUAAUGAAUGAGUUGGUAGCAGCAGAAGGCAUUCUUGGUACUUCUAGUGUUGAUUCCAAUAUGGCUGAAGCUUCUACUUCUCAACCUAAGUCGAAAGACAAGGGUAAGAAGAAGAAGAAGAAGAAGGACUUCACCAAGUAA